UGUCACAAUUUUCGUACGAAAUUGAAAUUUCCCCGAUUCUCAAGUAUACUGAAUCUUGCCAUUUCUGCCAUUCGCCAAAACCUACGCAGCGAGGAAGAAGAAGAAGAAGAGACCAUGGGAAUCUCAAACCUCUCUUACGAGGAAUGUCGUCAGAAAAGAGUUGAAGAAAACAAGAAGAGAAUGGAAGCCCUAAAUUUGCCCUUACUUUCUCAAGCUCUCCUCGAUUCUUCGCCUUCCAAGUCCUCCCCUAGUAAGCAGGUCAAGCCUCGCGUGAUGCAGAAACAACUGGUGGUGGUGAGGAGGUCCAGUCGCGUAGCAAAGCAACCAACACCUGUUUACGCUGAAGUUCUUGUCGAUCGUGUGGCGAUCCCUAGAAGGAUCUCCAGAGCAAGAGAUUUUUCAGACCAGUUUUAUGCUUCGGAUGAAGCAAGAAAAAAAGCCUUUGAAAGAGCUCUUGAGUUACAAUCUCGAUUGGAGCCGAAUUAUCCCAGCUGUAUAAAGUCGAUGGUUCGGUCUCAUGUUAGUGGUUGUUUCUGGCUGGGCCUUCCUUCUCAUUUCUGCAAGACGCACCUUCCAAAGAAUGAUGGAGUAAUGACUUUAAUAGAUGAAGAUGGUGAUGAGUAUCCCAUAAUAUAUUUGGCGCGAAAAACAGGAUUUAGUGGGGGAUGGAAGGGUUUUUCAAUUGCUCAUAAGUUAGCUGAUGGAGAUGCUGUGGUUUUUCAACACAUUAAACCUACAGCCUGCAAGGUGUACAUCUUUAGGGUGAAUGGUUCCAAACAAGAGAGUGAUUCUAACAAUAGCUAAAUGAUUUACUUUCUUAUCCCAAGUCAGGUGCAUGAUGAUGCUUAGUGUACGAUCAUGAUCUCCUACUCUAAGAUUAUUUUGAAAAUGCUCCAGUUCAUUUCAGGUGAUAAUUUGAAGAGGGUUGGGGAAGACAUAAUGCAACUACUUUUUUCCAAAUUUGUUUUGGAGUAAAAGGCAAUCUGUGUCUUGUACAAUCUUGUAUCAGCUCAAAAUAUGACUAUUAUAUUGCGGGGUGGUGUGUGCAUUCAA